GCCAGCUUUCCGUCCUGAUCUUCCUCGUCGAAUGACUAGAGAUUUUGCAUCAAAGGUCGAUACUGACCUGAAUCUGCUGCUUGCUGAUAUCGCUGUGGCUCACGGACGGAGUGCCUGACUCUCGAGGGCCUUCAUCCCCAACGUCGUCGCCAUCGCUCAAUGAACGACUUUUCUGAGGCGCCUGCCGGUAGUACCGGCGGCAUGACUUCGCAAUGUCUUCCAGAUGGACUCUUGAUCGAUCUCUGCGGUGACUCGGAUGCCCAUCCUAGAAAUCCGGAGUCUAACAAAGGUCCCCUCAUUCUGCAAGGCUUUCCCUUUGAUGUCCUACUCGAAGUAUUCGCCUUAGUCUACGCCAGCCACGAGUUAACCUCCCACACGUCAACCCCGUUGUCAUUAUCGCAUGUGUGCCGCUCGUGGCGAGCCGCCGCACUCAGCUAUCCUUCACUUUGGUCCACUAUACGCGUACACCACGAGACUGCUCCAGAUGGCCUAACCAUGUUGGCUAUCGCAUACUUGCUCGACCUUUACCUUGUACGAUCGCGCACCGCCCCGCUCGACAUCUGCUGGAUCGCCCAUGACAGCUUGGCGGCCGUCUUCUGCGCUCUUCUCCCGCAUAGCUCGCGCUGGCGCAGCCUCAAUAUCAUCUCGCGCAUUCUUCCCGCUAUAUCUGGCGCACGCCCCCAGAUGCCGCUACUAGAGAGCACGAGAGUUGAAGGGCAGUGGUAUUGGAGCUGGACCACCGUGCGCGAUGCGUUCUCAGCCGUCCCACGUCUCGGGUCUUGGGCAUGUAACUGCCCGAAGACGAAUGAGCUGGCUCUACCCUGGGCGCAGCUCACGGACGUCGAGUUCAAGGUGCUGGGCAGCGAGUGCUUGUCGUGGCUCCCGUCGUUCAUACCACAGAUGACAUCUUUGCGCCGGGCCGUCCUUCGCAUGGAAGGCAUAGCUGAGAACCCGCGCGUGCGAUCUUCGGCGCUCAAGGGCAGCACAGUGUGGCCGCCCUCGCUCCGGGAAGUGGAAUUCGACCUGACGGACGCCGCACCAGGGGUCAUCAUGCACUCCAGCACUUUAUCGCCUCGUUUGCGCGUCUUCAGCGUAAAGAUUGACUCCCAUUCGCGCGACGUCGACAGUCAUAUGUCGGGGCAGACCUUUGCGGAGAUGGCGGAGCGCUCGGGACUCCGUCAAGGCGCUCUAAAUGUUCUCCAGUUGGAAGGAGUCGAUCUUUCGCCGCGGGACCUCGAGAUUAUCAAGGAGAGUAUCCCGGCCCAUGCUGAAAUUCGGCUGAAGCGAGUGGCUGGACUUGCGCAGGCGCGCUGAUCGAAUUACAACGAUGUUUAUACUUGUUACAAUGGACUCCCGUAUUGUAUGUUUACUUUAUUACACAGCCUCAGAUGCGUCUCCCCUCGUGGACGUUGUGGUGCUCUUGGACCUGCUCGAACCGAAUGAGAUGAUCUUGAUC